AUGGGAGAUCACGAGCAACCCAAGGCCGAACACCUCGCCGUGUUAAUCCACGGGUAAGUCCGCCGUGCCACCCAAUUCACGCGCCAGCACGCCCUGACUGGUAUCGCAGGCUAUGGGGCAACCCGAACCAUCUCACAUACCUACGCGAUACCCUACGGAAGCAGUACUCAGAAGACGAGCUGCACAUCCUAGUAGCGAAGAGUAACAGCGACAACCAGACUUACGAUGGCGUGGAAGUGGGAGGCGAGAGGAUAGUCAACGAGGUUGAGCAGGAGCUGUCACGGCUGGAAGAGAAGGGCCACAAAGUCACGAAGAUCAGUCUCACAGGAUACUCGUUAGGCGGCCUGGUUGCGCGUUACGCCGUAGGGCUGUUCUACAAGAAUGGCCUGUUCGAUCGCAUACAGCCUGUCAACUUCACCACUUUCGCGACACCGCACCUGGGAGUACGAACGCCCAACUUGGGAUAUCGAUCGUACGUCUGGAAUUUCCUUGGUGCAAAGACGCUGAGCACGUCAGGACAACAGCUCUUCCUCGUGGACGAUUUCCGUGGCACGGGACGAAAUCUCUUGUCAAUCCUCGCAGACCCGAACAGCGCUUUCGUGAAAGGUCUCAACCUUUUCAAACACAAGUGGCUCUAUGCGAACACUUUGAACGAUAGAUCAGUACCUUACUAUACCGCAAUGAUGAGCCGAACAGAUCCCUACCGCGAAUUGGACAAGAUCGACGUCCACUACCUAGAAGGCCAACCUCCGCCAGGCGAAGUCCUACUCGAUCCGCAAAACCCAGUCUCUCCCAAGAAAUCUCCCGACGAGACCAUGACCUUCUCCGAACGCUGGCGAACAGUAUCCCAACGCACAAUCAACAAUCUACCCUUCUACCUUAUCCUUUUCUCUGUACUCCCGCUGGCCCUUCCAGCUUUCAUGAUCAACGCAGGAUACCAGACGUACAAAUCCGCUCAAAGAGUCCGGCAUCACGAAUCCGGUAAGGCUUUCAAGCUGGAUCGCUAUCGCUUCAAACUCCUCGAAGAAGCACAGGCAGUCGAAGAUCGAGUCUAUGAACGUCUAGCGGGUCAACAGCCGGAACAAUACCUUCCCACUCCAGAAUCAGAGUCGCAAUCAACAUCAGAGACAGGAUCCCGCAACAAAGAGACACUAGAGCUCAGCCGUCGGGAAUCCCACAAAGAAAAGAGUCCUUUCCCAAUCUUGGCCCUAAAGCAGGAGCAAUUCGAUAUGAUUGAGAAUUUAGAUACUUUGGCUAUCACAAAGUAUCCGGUUCAUAUUCACAAAGUACGACAUACACAUGCUGCUGUUGUUGUGAGGACGCUGAAAGACAGUUUCGCGGAAGGGAAAGUGGUUGUUCAGCAUUGGGUGGAGAAGUUCGAGCUUUGA